AUGUCCGGCUUUGCAGGUUUCGGCCAGAACAAGGCUCCCGGCGCUGGCGGCUUCUCUUUCGGCGGCAACACCGGCGCAGCAGCCACCCCGCCCGCUGGCGGUGGCCUGUUUGGCUCUUCUGCUCCUGCAGCUGCUCCCGCGGCCGCCGGUGGUCUCUUUGGCGCUGCACCCGCGGCAGCACCAGCGGCUGGUGGCUUGUCAUUCGGCGCGGCGGCCCCAGCUGCUGGCGGCGGUCUGUUCGGCAGCAAGCCCGCAAGCGGAUCCUCGACCCCCACCACUGGUCUCUUCGGUGCCCCCGCAGCUCCUGCAGCUGCACCAGCUGCUGGCGGCGGUCUCUUUGGCGCUCCCGCUGCCCCCGCUGCAACCGCUACUCCAUCCCUCUUCGGUGCACCUGCGGCGGCCAAGCCUGCCGGCGGCUUCAGCUUUGGCGGUGCCGCAGCUCCGGCCGCCCCAUCUGCUGCUCCUGCUGGUGGCCUGUUUGGAGCGCCCGCCGCUGCAGCUCCCCCCGCCCCAGCCACGGGCCUCUUUGGUUCGGCCCCGGCGUCUGCUGCCCCCUCUGGAACGGCCACCCCCGUGAAGCCCCUCUUCGGCGCGCCCGCUGCUGGAUCAACAACCCCCGCCGCGGCUCCUGCUGCCGCUGGUGGUCUCUUUGGCGCUCCCAAGCCCGCCGCUGCUGGCCUCUUUGGCGCCCCCGCCGCUGGAGCUGUUCCCGCAGGAGCAGCAGCACCAGCUGCAGGCGGCCUCUUUGGCUCCAAGCCCGCAUCAGGCGCCGCUACCCCCUCGACUCCCGCACCCGGUGGCCUCUUUGGUGCCCCCGCCGCCGCUUCUGGUAGCACCACUCCUGCAGCUGCCCCCGCCGCUGCGGGUGGUUUCUCGUUCGCCAGCAAGCCCGCUGAGGCACCAAAGGCUCCUGGCGGCCUCUUUGGCGCGCCUGCCGCAGCACCUACUGCUGAGGCAGCCAAGCCUGCUGGCGGUCUCUUUGGCGCCCCCGCUGCUGCCCCCACGACCGAGGCGGCCAAGCCCGCGACAGCUCUCGGCGGUGGUCUCUUUGGUCAGGCUCCCAAGCCCGCCGAGGAGAAGAAGGACGACGCCGCCAAGCCUGCUGGAAGCAUGUUUGGCGGCUUUGGCGCAAAGCCCGCUGCUGCACCUGCAGCUGCUGCCCCAGCGGCUGGUGGUCUGUUCGCCGGUCUCGGUAACAAGGCUGCCACUCCCGCUGCCGGCGCCGACGCAGCAAAGCCCGCCGAGGCUCCCAAGGCCGGUGGUCUCUUCGGUGCUCCGGCCGCAGCUGCGCCUGCAGCGGCUCCUGCUGCGGGCGGUCUCGGUGGUGGUCUGUUUGGCGCCAAGACUGCGACUCCCGGCGCAGCCACCCCUGCGGCUACUAUCAGCAUGGCCGGCUCUGGUGCUGCAACCCCAGCUGUCGGUGCCCCAACCGCGUCGAGUGCUCCAGCGGCCGCUGCCCCCUCGGAGCCCGCACCAAACCUCCUGCGCGGCAAGACGCUCGAAGACAUUGUGGACACGUGGAGCAAGGACCUCGAUGCGCAGACCAAGGAGUUUGAGCGCCAGGCUGGCGAGGUGCGCGAGUGGGACAAGGUGCUUGUCCGGAAUGGAAACCAGAUUGCUACUCUCCACCGUCAAGUCCUCGAUGCCCAGAGCAACCAGCAGGCCCUGGACCGCAACCUCGACUACAUCGAGAGCCAGCAGAAACAGCUCGACGCCAUGCUCACCCACUACGAGCGUGAAAUCACCACCUUCACCAACAAGGACACCAAGCCCUUGGCCGCCAAGAUGCCCGCGGACCGCGAGCGUGAAAAGUCGUACGCCCUCGCAGAGGACCUCAACAAGCAGCUCGACGACAUCAGCCGCAACCUCUCGCAGAUGAUUGACGAGGUCAACAAGCUCUCCAGCUCGGGUCCCUCGGGCUCGCAGCAGCAGCCCGCUGCUCCCCCUACGGCUGCCGACGCCUCGUCCCAGAUGCCGGACGACCCCAUCAACCAGCUCUCGGCCAUCCUGGGUGCCCACCUCCGUGCCCUCCACUCGAUUGACGGUAAUGCCAACAAGCUGGCAGGCAAGGUCGACGAGAUCGAGUCGCGUAUGGGUCAGAGCAAGGAGAGCUAUGCGCCAAGGCGAUAG